AUGCCUCAACAAGCCCUUCUCAUUGGUGACAUCACCCACGCUCGCAAGGAGUGGCAAGAAUGCUCCUCGUUCAUCGAGCUCCUGGAGUACCCAAGCGGCACACGGGAGGAGUUCCUCGCCAAUUUGAAGAGCGGCAAAUACGACAACGUCGCCGUCAUCUACCGUAGCAACGACUCCACAAAGCACACUGGACCUUUCGAUGCCGAGCUGGUUCAGGCAUUACCGAGCAGUCUGAAGUACAUUUGCCACAAUGGCGCGGGUUACGACAACAUUGAUGUGGCAGCAUGCACCUCUAAGGGCAUUUCUGUCGCCAACACGCCGCAAGCUGUGGAUGACGCAACAGCAGACGUAGCCCUCUUCCUCCUUCUCGGUGCCCUCCGUCGCAUUACCAUUCCGUUCACCGCCGUCCGCCAAGGCCAGUGGAGAGGUUCUGGCUUCGGCCUUGGCCACGACCCGCGCCAGAAGACUCUGGGUAUCCUUGGUAUGGGCGGCAUCGGACGCGCUGUUGCAGUGCGUGCCGCGGCAUUCGGCAUGAAGAUCCAAUACCACAACCGCUCGCGUCUCCCCGAAAGCACCGAGGCCGCCUCCGGCAACGCCAAGUACGUUUCUUUCGAAGAGCUCCUCAGCACCUCGGACGUGAUCAGCUUGAACCUCGGCCUGAGCGCAGCGACAAGACACAUCAUCGGAGCCAAGGAGUUUGCUAAGAUGAAGGAUGGCGUUGUUAUCGUCAACACGGCAAGAGGGCCUGUUAUGGACGAGGCGGCGCUUGUUGAUGCGCUGGAGUCUGGGAAGGUGUGGAGUGCUGGCCUGGAUGUGUUCGAAGAGGAGCCGAAGAUCCACCCUGGACUGCUGAAGAACGAGAAUGUUGUGCUGUUGCCUCACAUCGGAACCGCAACAUUUGAGACCCAGCGCGAUAUGGAGCUUCUGGUGCUAGAGAACCUGAGUUUAGCAGUGCAGGAGGGUACUCUGAAGACGCAAGUUCCGGAACAACGCAAAUGA